GUUAAAUACUAGUCGCAAUAUUAUAAGUAUGAACUAAAAGACUUUAGGUACUAAAAAUGUGCGAUCGUAAUUUUAGGAAGAACCAAAAUAUCUUCGACUGAUGCUAAUUUAAAUGCGAUCUACGUAGAAAAGUGCUCGUGUAAUCAAAAAAAUGUGGAAUACGUCUGUAUAUUUUAUUACUACCACCAUAACCUGAUAACUUCAUAAAAAUCGUACUAUUGCAUAACCGUCAAUUCCACUCAGUAUCAAAAAGGUAAGAAGUGUAUUGAUAAAGUGAUAUAGAAAUGGCUCUUAAAGCUUUUAUUACAGAACUUUUAUUUCAAAAGUAAGUACCUAGUUAUAGUAAGAUGACAUCAUCUGUUCGCGUCGGCGUCGACGAGUCGACCGAGGCCACAAGACGUGGUUGGUUUGCACCAGGCCCCAGUUUGAAAUAGCGCGCGCGGUGAACACCACGUACGUUACAAAUUCAGUGUGAAAAAAGUCAAGCAGUCCAUAAAUCAUGGCUAACAUAGUGGAUUUGUCUACCGAGGAUAAACUCGAAUACCAGUUCUUCCCGGUAUCGAGCGGCUCCGUGUCGUUCAAAGUCAGGACCCCCAAUGAUGCCCACAUCGCCCUUACCAUGGGACCUCAACCAAGCGAUCCAAUGAUUGAGAUUUUCCUUGGAGGUUGGGGUAACACAAAGAGCGUGAUCAGGAAGAACAGAACUAAACCCGACAAAGUUGAAAUUGAGACCCCUAACAUCUUGAAUGGUGGCGAAUUUCGUGGCUUCUGGGUCCGUUGGGACAGUGGUAUCAUCUCCGCUGGCCGGGAAGGAGAAGCUAUUCCCUUCCUCUCAUGGGCUGACCCUGAACCAUUCCCAAUUGCCUUCUUCGGAGUGUGCACCGGUUGGGGUGCGACCGGCUCCUGGAAAAUCGAAGAUGGGGCUGAAUUCAAUACUCCGGACCAGUUAGAGUAUAAAUUCGGGCCCGUCCUCUCGGGUUCUCUGAGAUUUGAAUAUCGCGGUCCCCACAACUGCCAUGUAGCUUUGACGCCAGCACCUGCUGAAGUGGACCCUAUGUAUGAAAUCAUGCUUGGUGGUUGGGAAAAUACCAAGUCGGUUAUUAGAUACUGCAGGCAGAAACCUGAUAAGGUUGAGGUCCCGACUCCAGGAAUUAUGAAUCCUAACCAGUUCAGGCAAUUCUUAAUCGAAUGGAAAUGUGGCAGAGUGAUUGUUCGCGACGGCGAGUCGGGCAUGGUUAUCAUGGAGUGGGUAGACCCCUCACCAUUCGGCAUCACCCACUUCGUUCCCCCAUCGGCGCCAGUGGCUGCACCCCUGUACGCUGCACCCCCCGGCUACCCUGGUGCUAUGGGAGGCUUCAGUGCCCCAGUAAUGGCUGGACCUGGCAACUGGGUUGAUGCCAGUGCUGGUCAAAUUCCCCCUGGUGCCGUCGUCGGUGGACAGGACUGCAGUGGCGAGCCUCUCUACGUUGCCAGAGCACAGCACGAGGGAGCUCUCAUUCCUGGAAAGCUUUGCGCUUCACACGGUUGUGCGUACGUUCCAUGGGGCGGUUUGGAACACGGCAAACCUCAAUAUCAGGUCCUGGUUGGCGGCCCCAACAAUUGGGUGCGCACUAACGGCUCGAACGUGCCUCCCAACGCGUUCCCCGGCGGUCAGUCUGAAGAUGGCGAGCCCCUGUUCGUGGGCCGCGUGAACCACGAGGGCAGCCUCACUACCGGCAAGGUUCAGCAGUCGCACGGAGUGUGCUACAUCUCCUUCGCUGGACAAGAGCUCGGCUUCCCCGACUACGAAAUCCUCAUGCACUAGAUUAUACCACCACUACCACCAGUAAUUAUUUAAGAAUCUCAUGAUUUGUCAGUACCUACGUGUAACUUAGGAAUACUGCUUCCACACCUAGACGAGCAAUUAAAUGGUACAUUUAAAUUGUGCCUAGAAAUAAAAGUCAUGUCACGCUGUGCCUGUUCGUACGUUGUAUGUUAAUUGUUGUAAUACACUGCAUAAUAUUAUUCGUCUAAAGUUAUUGUGUUAUGAACCGCAUAAAUAACGUUUCCCCAGUAAUAUUGGAACCGGUACCCCUUAAAAUGUUUCCUGGUGAUGGUACACUUCACUGGCUUCCUAUGACCAAUGGCCAAUUACCUCCGGACGCAAUGAUUGGUGGCUUUGAAAACGAACUCACAUACAUAGCCAGAGCUUAUCACAAUGGGUCAAUAUGCCCUGGACGAUAUAUCCCCUCCACUGGAAAAGCUUUUGUCCCCUGGGGCGGGAGAGCACAUAGAAAAUGCGAGUUUGAGAUUUUAUGCGGAUUUAAUGCUAUAUGGGUUAAAACAAGAUCGAACAUCAUCCCGCCGAACGCAUUUAUUGGUGGAAAGUCAGAAGUGCGAAACGAGCCUCUGUACAUAGGACGAGCGAUGAUUGACCAAAAUCUCAUAUCUGGGAAAGUGCACACCCUUUAUCAUCUCUGCUUUUUACCGUACAAUAGGAGGGAAGUUGAAAUAUCUUCUUACGAAAUAUUAGUUAUACCGGAGAAUGAAAUACCACAAGCUUUGCCCUUUACAUAUUAACUGGCAGCAAUAGGUAUGUACAUAUGUAUAAUUGCAUAUUUAUGGCGCAAUAACUGAGUGACUGGCUGAGCCUAUCAAUAAUUCUCACAAGGAAUAAUCCUAUGUAGGACUCAGAAUUUCAGUAACUGUUGUUCCAAUUUUAAAUUAUGUGAAAUUGUAAGUUUGUUUGUAUA